UGUUAACCAGAUGGAGGUUCAACGAUUCGGAAGAACUUCCUAUAACAUUCCCUUUACUAACCCAGAUUGCUACUGAUAAGAACAAGCGGCACUGGUAUACUCUAAUUGCAGUCCUCCAUGGAUUACUCCAAAUCAGUAAUCCCUUCACACCUCCUCGCCGACCGUGGCUCUAAUCUAGUUGUCAUCAAUCCAGGGUCUGGAAAUGUACGAAUUGGAUUAGCUCAACAGGAUGCCCCAUUCAGUAUUCCUCAUUGCAUUGCUCGUCGUACUACAGGAUCUAAUCAAUCACCCAGAAGAAACGUGCAAGAUCAGAUGCUUAAUUCUCAAGUUACAACAUCCCAACAUGCAGAGAGGGAGAAAGCCUAUGACAUUAUAGCAUCCUUAUUAAAGAUACCAUUUCUUGAUGAAGAAGUAGUAAACAACUCUUACUCACGAAAGACUGGUCGUGUUGAUGUAUUAUCUCAACAAAACAGUAAGAAAGAGAGUGCCUUGACAUGGACUGAUGUAUCCCAGAAAAUUACCGAUUUGCCCUUGCCAGAAAGUUCAUUAGAGAAGAAUGAGCUUCUAGAAGGUGAGAAGCAGGAGCCACAAUCAAGUGAGUGCAGGUACAGGGAGUUUGUGUGUGGUGAAGAAGCUAUGAGAAUAUCUCCUGCUGAACCUUAUUGCUUAAGGCGUCCUAUACGUAGAGGACAUUUUAAUAUUUCUCAACAUUACUCCAUGCAACAGGUAGUUGAAGACAUAGAAGCUAUUUGGGAUUGGAUAUUGAUUGAAAAACUACAUAUUCCUCAAAGUGAAAGAAACAUGUAUUGUGCUCUUAUUGUAGUACCUGAAACAUUUGACAAUCGAGAAAUCAAGGAAAUAUUAUCUAUUGUAUUACGAGACUUGCGAUUCAGCUCAGCUGUAGUCCACCAGGAAGGUCUUGCUGCAGUGUUUGGAAAUGGAUUAUCAACAGCAUGUGUUGUGAAUAUUGGUGCUCAGGUCACAUCAAUUAUUUGUGUUGAGGAUGGAGUUGCUCUCCCUCAUACACAGAUCACAUUACGUUUUGGUGGAGAGGAUGUAUCAAGAUGUCUUUUGUGGACUCAGAGGCAUCAUCAAACAUGGCCACCAGUUCGCACAGAUCCUCUUACAAAGCCGAUAGAUUUAUUAAUGCUGAACAGACUCAAAGAAUCUUAUUGCCAAAUAUAUGAGGGGGAGGUUGAAGCUGUUGGGGUGGUUCAUUCAUAUGAAGACGGCUUGCCACCUGGAUCUCAUAAAACAAGGCUCACCGCUCUUAAUGUGGCGCCAAUGGGACUUUUCUAUCCAACACUUUUGGUUCCAGAUGUUUAUCCACCUCCACCUCGUUCAUGGUUUAAAGAUUAUGAGGAUAUGUUAGAGGACACGUGGCAUAUCUCAGAUGGAUCAUAUCCAGGUGUGAAUAAUCCGUUACAGAUGUGGGAUAAUUAUCCGUAUUCAUCAAACCAACAGAAAAAAGAAGAUAAUAUUGGGCUUGCAGAAGCAAUUUCAAAGAGUAUUCUUUCAACAGGGCGUAUAGAUCUUCAAAGAAAGUUGUUUUGUAGCAUGCAAUUAAUUGGUGGAGUGGCUUUGACAACUGGUCUUAUUUCUGCUGUAGAGGAGAGAGUUUUACAUGCGAUUCCCUCAAAUGAAGCAAUUGAUACCGUUGAGGUCCUACAAUCAAGAACCAAUCCGUCCUUUGUUGCAUGGCGAGGCGGAGCUAUAUUGGGGGUGAUCGAUUUCGUUCGAGAUGCUUGGAUACAUCGAGAAGAUUGGAUUCAAAAUGGGAUUCAUAUAGGCGGAGUCAGAAAAUACAAAGAUUCUUAUUAUCUACAAGCACAACCAAUGUGUUACAUUAAUUCCUAGAAUUUGAAACGUGUUUGUGUUAUUACUUAUUAACCUCUUCAUUUUAUUAUAUACUAAUUUCAUAUUACAAUGA